AAGGAGCCCGGUGCCUUUAUCAGAAACCACCACGAUAAACUGACGGAAGCCUAGUACGCCGAGCUUCAUCAAGCAGGUUCAGUUUCUGGGGCAGCAGGCAGAUAUGUCUCCGUGUCAGCCGGGCAGACGUUGCCUCCUUCUGGGGAUUGUCCUCAUCUCUGUUGCUACAAGUCAAGGCCACGGCAACGUCCACAACUCAAACGGCAGUGACGACAUCGGUGACAUUGUUGGCAACAUCUCACACAGUGCUGUCCCCCCAAACACAGUUCCGUCUUACAGAGAUUCAGUACUUGCAUUUCUUACCGGAGGGAAGAGUCGCGGACAGAAGCAGGUCCUUCAGCUGUUCCAGAAGAACCCUCUUCUAAGCGUGGAACUCAUGCAGGCUUUUUCGAAUUUGGAGAACAUUUCGGGGGAGAUGAUUUCUGAUCAGCUGACAGCAUCAGUUGGGAAUAAUCAAGGGCAGGUUGGAACUCAGUGUAUGGCAGACAUAAUGGAAUAUUGGUUAGCUCUGAAGAACAAGACACUGUGGGCAUUGCAAAUGGCUGAUGCGACAGGGAGACCUGGUCCGGGGCUUCUGAGGGGCAACCUCCAGCUGUAUGGCAACUUUGAUGAAUGUCUUGAAGUCAGGGGUGUGGUUGACGGUAACGACGGUAACACCACCGAAGGCAACCAUUGCCUGGCAUUCAUUACGCUGCCAAGCAUCGUCACAGACAUGGUCAAGGAUCCCAUCACUGGGCUGUUGGGAGUCACAACUCCCAGUUUCCAGUGGCACAUGUGUGUUCCAAAGUCAUGCAGUGAGCAGGAUGUAAAGCAAGCCCUCAACUUACUACCUCUCCAGGAUCUCAACAUGACUGUGCUUACCCUUAACUGUCGACACGACAAGGACCUCGGCAACGACAUCAGUGGCAUCGUCGGGGUUGUCAUAUUAUCUGUGUUCGUUCUCGUGGCCGUCAUUGGUACUCUAUACGACGUCAUCACGGCAGCAAAGAGAGACACACAAGAGGACGACAACAUCGACAGAUACGUGAACCACUCUGCCACCGUUGAUGGUUCUGUUUCCAACCACGACAGCGAACUCUCCAUAGAUCAGAAGAGUAGCAGUAAGGUUGAUAGACAGAGCCUUUAUGAUACGAGAGAGUCAAGAAAAGUCUUUGGCAAGCCGAAAGAGAGCAUUGGAAGGAAGCUUCUUCUCGCUUUCUCCAUCCCGAGGAAUACUGAGAAGCUACUGAGUGCCAAAACUAGUGCAUCUGACCUGUCGUGUCUCCACGGAGUGAGGGUGCUCAGCAUGGGCUGGGUAAUCCUUGGACACACUGUGCUGAUCUGUUUAAGUGCUGCUGCCAAUCCUGUGGAUGGCUUCAAGGAUCUCAGCAGCUUCACGAUGCAGGCGGUGACCAAUGGCACCCUCUCAGUAGACACGUUCUUUGUGAUGAGUGGUUGUUUGGUGGCGUUGUUAUUUCUGAGAGAGAAAGAGAAAAUCGGCAAAUUAACUGUGCGUCAGAUGGUGCUGUACUACGUUCACAGAUUCUUGCGGCUUACCCCUCUGUACAUGAUGGUGAUAAUGUUCUAUGUGUGCGUGAGUGGUUACUUCAACGAUGGGCCAGGGGUAACUCCCCUGCUGGACCGGGAGAACUGUAGGCGAAACUGGUGGGUCAAUCUACUCUACAUCAACAAUGUCUACAGAUCCUCGUCGGCUGAACUGUGUCUAGGUCAGUCUUGGUUUCUGGCAAAUGACAUGCAGUUCUACUGGAUUGCACCUCUGGCUCUCAUUCCACUGGCUUGUGGCUGGCCGUUCAUCGGCAUCCUGGUGAUCUUCCUCCUCCUCGCCACGCAUAUCAUAUCUUAUGCGUACUUAGAAUACUUCGUCAAUGGCUCGGGACUCGUCAAUUCUGCCCAGUUCGAGACGGAGAUCUACUUCAUGCCUUAUUGUAGAGUGGGCGUGUUCGCCAUCGGAAUGGCCCUGGGAUACCUGUUAUUUAAAACAAAGUGUAAACUGAAUAUAACUAAGGUGUGGCUGACAUUAGGCUGGACAUUGGCCGUGGGUGUGGCCCUAGUAUGUACCUACAUCACUUACGACGAGUGGACAGACGGACAGAUUACCUGGGGUCGUUCAUCUCUCCUGACCCAUGAGGUGUUGUACAGACCUGCCUGGGCCCUGUGUGUCUCCUGGGUGAUACUUGUCUGCGGCAGUGGAUGUGGCGGUAUCGUCAACUCCAUACUGUCGUGGGAGGCCUGGAUCCCUCUGGGGAGACUGACGUACGGGGCGUAUCUCCUUCACGUGAUGGUUCUGACUACCAGGCAUGCCAAUCGACGCACAGCUUACUACUACAACGCAGAAUAUCUUAGCUACGAGUUCCUGGGCACGUGGGGCAUCACCUAUGGUAUGGCCUUUAUAUUUGCCGUGCUUGUGGAAGCGCCAUGUCUUGGGAUUGAAAAAGCUCUUUUAAGAAGAUGAUUUUACAGAUAAUUCAUAUCAAGUGCUCUGUGAUAAGAACAACCAUGCUGAUCCACAUAUCACUUUCACGAGUCUCCAGUUGAAUGAAACAAAGUUCUCCAGUGACAUACAAACUACUUUCUGUUCAACCAUGCCAAUUAUAUUAGGACGAGACAUUAUCUCAAAGGGCAGUAACUCACACCAACGAAACCUCUAGUUGAAUCAAACAACGUUCUCCAGUGACAUACAAACCACUUUCAGUUCAACCAUGACAAUUAUAUUAGGACGAGACAUUGUCUCAAAGGGCAGUAACUCACACCAACGAAACCUCUAGUUGAAUCAAACAAAGUUCUCCAAUGACAUACAAACGACUUUCAUUUCUAUCAUGUCAAUUAUAUUAGGACGAGACAUUAUCUCAAAGGGCAGUAACUCACACCAACGAAACCUCUAGUUGAAUCAAACAACGUUCUCCAGUGACAUACAAACGACUUUCAGUUCAACCAUGCCAAUUAUAUUAGGACGAGACAUUAUCUCAAAGGGCGGUAACUCUCACCAACGAAAA